CAAAAUUCCCAGUCCACUCGUCAGAUUAUUACACAAGACGAAGACGAUCACUGAUGGCAAUUGUUUCUUUGCACGUUCAUCUAUGUUAACCUAACAAGAAACCUGUAAGCGUCCCCUAGGCCACUAUUUAGCAUUGCACCUCAUCUUCAGCAGCAGCAGCGGUACCAGGAAACCUGCCGUCGUCGAAGUCAGCAUCAGGAGCAGCUCUGUACCAGCUCAGUAACAACCAGCAGCAGCAGCAGCAGCAACGAAGCGCUACACCAGAAGCCGCAGCAACCGCAACCGCAACCGCAACCGCAACCGCAACCGCAACCGUGAACAACAGCAACAGCAGCAACCGCGUGCGAGCAUCCUCCGCGGUCCGACUGCCAGGGGAGGCCACCUGACCUGUUUGCAAAGCACGCAAGGAGCCCUGCCGCGUCCCCCCUAGCGAACCAACAACAACAGCAGCUUGGGCUCCUCCAGUCCUAGGCAGCGCACUCACCCAAGCAAGACCAGCUGCAACACCAGUACGACAAGAAUCCCAGUAGCAGCCGCAUAAGCUACGGCCUGCUCCCCAGUCCCGACCGCUCUAGACCCACACGCAUGAUAGCAACGGCGCAAUGCUGCGGUCGUAUUGGCAGUAGCAACAACGACACGAGUUUAUAAGCAGUGUUAGCGGCAGGAGCAGCAAUAUACCCUAAUAUCCCAACACCGACAAAAGAAUGCAGACCACCACAACGGCGCUCGCAACCGCCCCCGAGUGGGUGGUUGCCAGUUGCGUGGGGCAGUUGCGGCAGUUGUACGGCACCCAGACGGUUCCCUUCCUGGCGCCCUUCGCGGACUACACCUCCGAGCUGCAGCGCUCCAGGGAGCUGGAGGUGCGGCUGCUGCAGCUGGAGAAGGAGGCGGCGGAGCUGCGGGACGAGGCGGCGGCGCUGCAUGGCCGGCUGGCGGCGGCGGAUGAGGCGGCGGCGGCAGCCACAGCGGCGCAGCUGGAGGAGGCGCGGGCCGCUCUGGUGCGCGCUGAGCGGGAGCUGGGGCAGCUGUACCGAGACAAGGCGGGGCUGCUGGAGGAGGUGGUAGGUGCCAACGCGGCCCUCACCACCGCCCGCAGCGGCCUGGAGAGCGCCAACAUGCAGCUAGCGCAGGCCCGUGCGGAGAUCUCGGCGCUCCGAGACCAGAUGUCCACACUGGCCGCCUCACUGGAAGCCGAGCGGUCGGCGCGACUGGCGGCGGCGGCCGAGGCGGCGGCGGCGCUGGCGGCGCGCGACGGCGCAUUGGUCGAGUCGGAGCGACUGCGGCGUGAUAAUGCGGUGCUGGUGCGGCGAUUGGUGGAGUUGAAGGAGGGCGAAGCGGGGCGCAUGAACGACCUCAACCGACUGCACGAGGAACUGUUGGAGCAAGCUGUCCGCAUGCGGCAGGAGGCGGAGCUAGACCGGCAGGCCACCGAGCUCAUCCGGCAGCGGGCGGUGGCGGCAGCACUCAGCGGGGCAAUGGCGGG